AUGAGCCACAUUUACGGCAGCCACCUCUCCCCUCUGGGCAACCCCUCCAUGGUUUAUCUCCCGGCCGCCCUCGGCUUCGCCCCCGGGGGGGCGAUCUCCCGGCAGGACCCCCCGCAGAAACCCCCGUACAGCUACAUCGCCCUCAUCGCCAUGGCCAUCAAAGAAGCCCCGGAGCAGAAGGUGACGCUCAGCGGCAUCUACCAGUUCAUCAUGGACCGCUUCCCCUUCUACCACGACAACAAGCAGGGCUGGCAGAACAGCAUCCGCCACAACCUCUCCCUCAACGACUGCUUCGUCAAGGUGCCGCGGGAGAAGGGCCGGCCCGGCAAGGGCAGCUACUGGACCCUGGACCCGCGGUGCCUGGACAUGUUCGAGAACGGCAACUACCGCCGGAGGAAGAGGAAGCCCAAAGCCCCGGGGCCGCCGGAGGCGAAGGGUGGCGAGCAGCCGGGGCCACCCGCCCGCCCCGUCGAGCCCAAGCGGUCCAAGGGGAGUGCGGCGGCCGCGGGGGACGCGGGGGUCCCGCGGCCGGGCCGGGGAGCAGCGGCUUCCCCGGGGGGUCCGGCCCCGGUCGCCCCCGCAGCCGCCCCGCCGCACAAGAGCGGCCCGCGGGGCCGCAGCUUCAGCAUCGAGAGCAUCCUGGCGCAGGGGCUGCGGCAGCCGCCCCCCGGGGCAGCCCCCAAGGCGGCCCGGGAAGGCCCCGCCGGCUGCCUCGGCGGCUCCCUGGUCGCCAGCGGCGGCUUCGGCCCGACCCUCAACGCCUCCCUCAUGCUCGACUCCCAGGUGCACGGGAGGCUCUACCACAUCGGCAUCCCCUUCCUCUCCUGCUUCCCUCUCCACGUAUCCGAGGCGGUAUUUAAUUUCCAGUAG